UCGCCCAAACCUGGUCCAGCCCCUGCUGCGCGUGAUGACCUGGCCCUGGGAUGCUGGGCACCCGCCGUCCUGGGAGCCCUGGGAGACUGCACUGCAGUAUAUGGAAAAGAACCUGCCCGCGGUGCGGGAGGCCUGGGUUCGAUCCCUGGGUCGGGAAGAUCCCCUGGAGGAGGACGCGAAUCACCAGGCGUGAUCCCCGGGAUCGUGGGUGCCGUCGUGGUGGCCUUGGGAGGAGCCAUCUCCAGCUUCAUCGCCUACCAGAAGAAGAAGCUGUGCUUCAAAGAGAACGCCGAAGAAGGCGAGGUCAACAUGGAGAACCAUCGCACCAACGCUGAGCCAGCAGUUCAACAGACUCUUCUGGAGAAAUAA